AUUUAUGAUUGACAGGAGGUGAUCAACCAAGGAUAACAGUAGAUUCAUUGACGAGUCAUCAACAGAGUGGGUUACUACUGCAUUACUACGAUAUAUAUCUAUCAUGGCUACAACAACAUCGACUGACCAGGAACACAUUGAGAAACGCCCCUCUUCCCAAGGCAGUCGAGACCCCAAGUACAACUUUACCACUUCAGAAAUACUUGCUUAUCUCUUCAGCCGAUCAGAGUUGAAAAGUGUGAGCAUAACUAAAGAGAGUUCAACAAACAGAGUUAUUCGAGACUGCGUAUCAUGUGAUGAYCUUCCAAACGGUAGUUUAUGUUCACACCAUCAACACCUUGAAACACUAAGACUACUUCGUAGUCCAGACAACAGACAGCUUUCAAGGGCCAUGAGUUCGUUCCCUCCAGAGGUAGAGCUAUGCACGUCAAGCGUCCCAGGAAAAGGGUACGGUGUACGGGCUGUAAGGACAAUCCCUGAAGGCACAUGGAUUGGACCUUACGAAGGCAAACAAGUGAAACCACAAGAAAUCACUCCGCACACCGACACUUCCUAUAUGUGGGAGAUAUUCCAAGAGGGAUCUUUGGCUCACUACUUGGAUGGCAGCGAUGAACAAAAUUCCAGUUGGAUGCGUUUUAUCCGCUGCGCUCGGUACAAAGGCGAACAAAACACGUCUGUUAUGCAAUAUUUCGGAAAUAUUUAUUAUCGAGUCUUCCAAGAAAUUUCUCCGGGAAACGAAAUUCUCGUUUGGUACGACGACACUUGCCCCCAUUAUCUUGGUAUCCCCCUCAAAAUGCAGGAUAUUGGAACAUCAUCACGUGAAAGUAAAGAUUCCAGGCCAUUUCAAGUGCAAUCGAGAAUUCCUGUCAAAUCUCCAACAAUAACAAAUCCAAAUGUGCAGGUUGCCAGUGUUUCCCGUCCAAUGAUGGCAGCGUUUGCACCCCAUCACCCAUUUCCACCGAUAGUUCGACAGCCACCCCAGCUGCCUAGAUACCAAGUGACCUAUCCAAUGGUGCCACGUGAUACCUUAAUGCAUAGCUCGUUCCCAAACUCCUUAAAUUAUAACAUACGAGAGCUAAAUGACGCUUACUCGGCGGUGUCCUUAUAUGGUAAUCAAAGUCCAUAUAUGGUUAAUGGUAAAUCAAGGUCUCCUAGUUCAUUAAUGGUUCAGAAAAAUGUAAACAAUGCGCUUAACUCUCAUGGCAUUAUUCCMUAUUCACGUGAUCAUCAAAUCAACCAAUCGAGAACAAAUAUGACAAUGAUCAAACGUAGUGCAGAAAUAACUCCGAGCCAAUUAACAUCGAGUUCAGUAUCACGAGACGUGAAGUGUAGUGAAAGUGGAUUAGAUCAGAAUGCAAACUUCAAGGAGAGCAUUUGUUACUCGGAAAAGCUGAAAGUAAAACAAGCAGGAAUGACAUCUUCAGACAACACGAUCACUAAACUCCUCUCGCAAAUCGAAGAAGCAAGAGUUGAAGAGAUGAAAGCAAAACAACAAGCUUUAAGAGACAAAGAAGCCAAUUCCAGUCCAGACGAUGGUUUGGAAAUGAGUAUAUGGAAGUGUGGUCAGUGUGACAAAUCAUUCGCACAACAGCAAAUUCUACAGCUGCACAUUUGCCCUUCAGUCCCUGAGAAACCUUACAAAUGCACGUACUGCCCCGAUGCCUUCGCACAACCAAGUGACCUACGCACUCAUGCAGUCUGUCACAAUGGAAAGAAGCCAUUCAAGUGCGGAUAUUGUUCUCGUCUUUUCGCGGGAUCAACUACUCUCAACAAUCACAUAAGAACACACACUGGAGAAAGACCUUUUGGCUGUGAGAAAUGCGGCAAAGAAUUUUCUCAGGCUUCCCAACUUAGCAGACAUCGUCGUGCUUUGUUUGAAUGCAACUCAUUCAAAUCAGAAAACCAACCUAAAGUGCCUAGCAUUAAUCGCCCUUCCAUAAGCGACUGUGCGCGGCUCGCCUUUUUACGUCCAAAUCAAGUCAACAUGGAAGUGCUAUCUUCUGGAAUUUUGGGUGUCCAGAAAACUUCACCCAAGAGAACUGAGAAAAAUUCUGAUGACAUAGAGCCAGCCCGGAAGAGAAGACUGUUGUCAGCAGAUUCCUUUUCUUUUUCAUUUGAGGACAUAACAAGCCAUCUUUACAGCAAACAUGACUUGCAAAACGUCCCACAAGAAGACUCACUUGAUGAAUAUAACUUUUGUUUCUGGUGUGAUGCUAAGCGAUACCAGGAAUCUUUCCAAUGCCCGUAUCAUCAAAACCAACCACACAAAAAUAAACAAGAAACAAAGAAGCCGUAUGCUUACCAAGACAUCCCAAAUAUGCUGCAGCUGUAUACAACCAAUACUCCAAAUGGUGCGAGGACUGGAGUGAGAACCAUAAUGCAGCUCCCCGCCGGGGCGUGGAUCGGUCCUUAUGAAGGACAAUUGGUGAAGAAAGAUGAGGCACCUCUGAAAAACAAAUUUAUGUGGGAGAUUUUCCAAGAUGGCAAGCUGCAUGGUUAUAUUGACGGCAGUGACGAGAAUACGUCCAGCUGGAUGCGAUUCAUUGAGCGCUCCAAUUGCCGGGAAGAACAAAACCUUUGGGCUUUCCAGUACCAGAACAAGAUCUUUUACCGUGCAAAUAGAACCAUUCCACCUGGCCAAGAACUUAUGGUAUGGUAUGACCAGGAAUAUACAAAGUACGCCAAUGGCAUGUCUGGAAAAACUAAUACUGUAAUUAAGAAAGGCAAUCAAUCCAUGACGCUCAACUUUGAAUCUUUGGCUAGUCCAGUAAGGAGUCAUCGGUCGCAAAUUGUGCCAGAUAUUCCAAACAAAACCACAGAUCAAACUGGAACCAUUCAACUGGAAACAUCUUUUAACAGAAUCGGUGCUCUGGUUUCCUCUCCAACUAAACAGACAAAUCCAGCAGUAUUCGCGCAGUUAAGUAGAGGGAAGACAGAGACUACUCCUUCCAAGCCAGUUCCGAGAGUUUCUACUGGGUUUUCUUUGAAAAUUACAGACAGCAAAUUGACUGGACGGGCAGACGACUAUAGUUCUUCUUCUCCGCAAAGUCCUGCAUCAAGCGACAGUGGUUGUUCAUUUGGGUUAGAUAGUCCCACCAAAAGCGAGACAAACGAGACAUGGCGGUGUGGUCAAUGCCACAAGACAUUUUCUCAGAGGUCAAUGCUUCAAGUUCAUGUCUGUGCAAACACUCGUUUCAAACCUUUCAAGUGUGGCCAUUGUGACAAGAGUUUCGCAACCGCCGGAGAGAUGCGUGCACAUGCUGUCAUUCACCAGGGAAAGAAACCAUUUAAAUGUGGAUACUGUGCUCGCUCAUUUACUGGGGCCACAACCCUCAACAAUCAUAUUCGCAUACACACCGGUGAGAAGCCUUUCAAAUGUGAAAAAUGCGGGAAAAUAUUCUCACAAGGAUCACAGCUUAGCAAGCACGAAAAAAUCCCUGGAGACUGUAUUCCUAAGACAAAACUAAACUAAAACCCGCGACUUCCUUUUGUAAUUGAACAAAAUUUAUUGUAAGAUAUAUUUGGAGUAUUGCUGCAUGAAGCGGGUGAGCUCUGAGUGUAACUUAGCCUCCGUACCACUUGGAACGUCUGCUACGGAGGCUAAGUGUAACUAUAGAAUAAUAAUUCAUUAGAAUUCCAUAUUUUUGUGCAAGUAAAAUGCCAUUGUUGUAAGGCUUGUAAAUAAUCCAAAAGUGAGUAAAUUCUAAUUGUGCUUUAUUACUAGAUAGUUGUAUCAUUAGUGUGGAACAAUAAUCAAAUAAAACGAUGGUUUUAAGAAAUCAAGAUGCUAUCUCAUACCGCUGUCCUGUGUAUUUCUCUGUCGGCGGUGAAUGCAAUUGUGUGUCUGAUAUAGAGAACCUGAAAAUGUCGAAAAUGGCA